AUCGUUUUGGAAGAUCAGUCAUCUAUUUGCUCUCUUCAUGAUGAGGUCGUUUUUGUUUGUGGCGAUGCUGCUGAUUCCUGGUUCCAGUUUGGCACAACUGGUUUACAGAGACUAUGGCUUUCCAUUCAGAGGAGGAUUGAAUAGAGGACAAGAUGGUCUUAUUUAUGAAGGCAAUAGGGGAGGCCCCUUUUAUAAUGGCCAUCUUCAAACUCGAUUAAUUUCCGAAGGAUACACUGGGGGCCCAUUCGGCGGUAAUUAUAGAGAAAAUGGAUUGAUCAGUGGUGGUAACACUGGAGGACCUUUUGCCGCUAACCAAAACCAAGGAAAUUUAGUUUCCGGAGGAAAUAGUGGAGGUCCCUUUUCUAAAAACCAAUGGACGGAUGGCUAUCAGUCUUCAGGCUAUCCCGAAAGUGGUCUUAUUAGUGGCAGUCAAACUGGAGGUCCAUUCGCCAACGAAGAUCUUAUUUCAAACACCAACAGCGGAGGUCCGUUUAGCCAAAAUCCAGGAAGAUAUGGAACACCGGGCCAAGGUGGUCUGAUUAGUGGCAAAAGGCCAGGAGGUCCUUUUGCCCUGGAUGACAACGAAGAAGGAGUAAUUUCUGGAGGAAGUAGCCAAGGUCCCUUUGCACAAGGUGAAAGUGGUCUUAUAAGUGGAACCAAGAAAGGAGGGCCAUUCCAAAGUGAUAAUCAACAAGAAGGACUAAUUUCUGGUGGGAACAGUGGAGGUCCUUUUGCCAAUUCAACUGAUCAAGGACAAGCUGGAAGUGGUUUGAUCAGUGGCAGUAAUACUGGUGGACCAUUUGGCAACGGAAAGUAAAGGAUACUUAAAUUUAAAUAUAAAAGUAGUAUCGUAGUGGUAUAAAAUUCAAAUAAAAAACACUUGAAUGCUACAAGCAUCGAAAGUA